AACAAAAGUAAAUGUAAACAAACACUAUAUAGCCUCAACUUGGUUAAAAAUAUAUAAUUGUUAUAUUGUUCUGGCCCCUGUUGUUGGUUCAAGUUCAUUUUAAGGUCAAUUUAAUUGUUGUCCACUAGAUGGCGCUGUUCACCGAUAAGCUCUGUUUGCUUAAGUUUCUAUAUCCUGUAAAAGAAGAAUCCUUGUUAGCAUUGCAAAUGGUGAAAGUCACUGUGGAGCUGCAGAUAUUAUCAAACUCCAUCCUUCUUGCAGUCAAUUUGUAGAAGCAUUCUCUGUUAGAUGUAUUUGGACCAUGGAUGAUGGUUACAGCACCAGGAGUGGGCUAGCAAGCAGUAAGCGCUGGGCUGUGCUGUUCACGUGUAUGAGCACCAGGGCCAUACACAUUGAAGUCAUUGAGUCAAUGGAUUCCUCAAGCUUCAUAAAUGCUCUGUGACGGUUCUUUUCCAUCAGAGGACCAGCCAAACAAAUCAGGUGUGACUGUGGCACAAACUUCCUCGAGGCCUCCAGAGAGUUGAAGAUGGAGGCCGUUCAGAGCGAGAAGAAGGUCGAAGAGAGACAAAGGGUGUACUUGGGUCUUCAAUCCACCACACUCGUCUCAUAUGGGAGGCAGCUAGGAGAGAAUGAUCGUGUCACGAGGCGCUUCCUGGAUUCCAUACUGCUGAAGGUGGGUCCAUCCAAGAUCACUAUAUUCAUGGUGGAAGUCUCAGCCAUCGUGAAGGCUCGUCCAUUAGUUCCUGUGUCCACAGAUCCAGACCUCCCCCUCAUAUUGAUGACAGCAACACUCCUCUCCCAAAAGGUUGGUGUAGUCCCUCCUCCCCAAGGUGAAUUCAACGAGAACAAUCUCUUCAGCCGGCAGUGGAGGCAAGUUCAAAGCCUUCCCAACACCUUCUGGCACCGCUGGAAGAAAGAGUAUCUUCCUAUCCUGCAAAACAGUAGGAAGUGGCAGAAAGAGAUGCCCAACCUUCGGGAGGGAGACAUUGUGAUGCUGAGAGACAGUCAAGUGAAAAAGAACGACUGGCCCAUGGGCAUCAUCGUGAAGACCUUCCCUGGCAGCGAUGGGAAAGUAAGAAAGGUUGAAGUAAAGACAACAAAAGAUGGGUCAUGCAAGACCUUUCUGCGUCCAGUUUCAGAGACUGUACUACUCCUCUCUCCAAAGACUAAUAAGUAACUUAAGUUCUAGUGUUAUUGGUGGCAUCCUUACAGAUACCAGGCGGGGAGUUUUCUGGCCCCUGUAGUUGGUUUGAGUAAAUUUUAAGGUCAAUUUCAUUUUUUGUCCACUAUAUGGUGCUGCUCACUGAUGAGGUCUGUUUGCCUAAGUUUCUAUAUCCUGUAAAAGAAGAAUCCUUGUUAGCAUUGCAAAUGGUGAAAGUCACUCUGUGGAGCUGCAGAUACUAUCAAACUCCAUCCUUCUUGCAAUCAAUUUGUAGAAUAAUUGUUUGUAAGUAAAACAAUAAUAACAAUUCAUGAUGAUAUUUUGUAUGGAUGAUCGUUUAAGUGAUACAUUUACGUAUUUUCUUGGUGGUUGCAUGGUUGGAGAUAUCUGUUCUGUUUAAUUUAUCUUGCCAUGUUUGGGGAAUAAUUUUAGCAUAUGGCAGCAUAUUUCUGAGUUUAUGAUAAUAUUAUAACAUACGUAAAAUAAAUGCUGUGUUGUUAGUGAGAAUUAAGCUUAGUAUUCAGCAUACUCUUACUCAUGGUUGGUUUCUUUCUUCUAUUUUAGUUGUACUCAGUUUCUAAUGCUGUAACUACGAACUGGUGGUAAUAAAUACUUAUUCAAUUUGACAGUUGCUGGAAAGAGUUUAUCUAUCUGCUAAGCUUAAGAAGGGGACUCU